AAAUACAAAAACUAUGAAAUGGUUUUGUUGUUUGGAGCUCAUAGUUGCAGAAGCUGUUGCUGGUGUGAAGUGUGUAGCUCUGCUUCAAUCAGAGUCAGGAUGUUGCUGUGUCUGUGCCUUAUUGAACCAGGCACUGCUUCUGGUUCUAGUAUGUUUGGCUCUGCCUCUGGAGAUCCAACUAGUCCUACUAGUUCCCAGCUGCCUGUGCCCAAGGAAGCUGAACAGCAUUUGGACCUGUGGAGUGACAUUUAGUGUGAGAAAUGAGUGUGACAGAUAUGUCUUAGAAACCUGCAAACACUUCAUGUAAAAAGUAUGAUAGUUCCCAUUAUGCAUACCUACUUCUUUGAAAAGAUGGAGGUGGGCAUUUAUAGCAGUGUAGUGGCAGGAGUAAUGAAGGGUUCUCCUGUUACAGGAGACCACAGCUUACUUGCCCUUUCUGCCUGUCUUCUCUAUGCCUGUGCUUCAUCAGCUUUGUUUCUGCUCCACGUAACUGCACGGAGCUUCAGCCAGUGUCACAUGCCUGGUGCAGGGCUGGUGGCUUUCCCUGCUUCAGAAGGUUGUGUACAGGGAAGGCUGGCUGAGGAGCCGUCAGCAUGCCCCAUAGACUCCCCAGAGCCUGUCAGCAAAGGCUUCUCGCUGCAGUCACCAGUGGAGAACAUCAUCCAUUAUCUCUGUGUCUUAUCACUUUAUAACAUCGGCAGUAGCUGUCUCAUGGUUCCUCUUCUGGAUGCAGUGCACAGAGGACCAACGAAGGAACACAAGCAAAACAGGGGAUGGUCCUCAGACCCUGAGCCCUGGAGUAGCAUCCUGAAUGCUGACUGUCCUCCUGGAAGUAACACAAGAUUGCAUUUCUAUGGGAAAGAAAGAUCACGUCUUCCACAAUACGUCAUUCUUCAUUUUACUCACCUGUUUUGCUGUAUUUCAUUGAUCUGCUCUGACAGAUACCGCAUCUGUCUUGAAAACUGUACCUUUGCAUGCACAAUGAUGCCCAUGGGUAAUAGGAAACCAGGGUUUCAAAAGAAAACCUGAUUCCAUUGCUAGAUAAUAGCAGUUUCCUAAAUAAAUGUGUGGUUGCCCCAGGGGCUGUGGUUGUUGCCAGAUGCACUUUUUCUUGAUUGGUGAGAGCAGCAGAUGACGCUUCGUGGCAUAUAAGCGUGAGAGAAAACACGGGAGCCCAGAUAAGCCGAGUGAGUUGCCUGGACUGAGGAACUGAGAAGGUGCUUCAAGCAGCUGUGUGCCAUGGCAUUUGGAAUGCUCAUCUAUAUUUUGCUGAAAGUAAGCAUCUAUUUGCAUUACACAGCAAUGGGGGCACUGAGUGAAGAGUCAGCUCUUACUGUUUCAUCCCUUAGCACGGACUUAUGGAAUAACUGGACAAAAAACAAUGCUGAAGCAGACUACACUGAGCAACCAAAGCUCAUGAAGCUUAUGCAGACUUGUCUUGAGGAACACCACAGCUAUUGUAUAAAUGGGCUCUGUGCUUUCCACAGCGAGUUGAGGAAACCCAUAUGCAAGUGCCUCGCAGGUUAUAAUGGUGAGAGGUGCGAACAUUUAACACUAAAUUCGUAUGCACACAAUUCUUACGAACGCUAUAUUGCUGUGGGAAUUGGUGUGGGAAUACUGACGAGUGGGAUACUUGCUAUCAUCUACUGCUACGUAAGAAAGAGAUGCAGAAAAUUGAAAUCCCCUUACAGUGUCUGCAUGGGCGAGACAGCAUUGUGAAGACAUAGCAUUGGGACACUUCCCAAUUUGCCUGUAAAGGAGAGGAAGUCCUGCUGGGAAGGCCGCCAUCUGCCAUCUGGCAGAUACCACAGCCUUGCUGAUGGGAGGGCAUGAAGGGAAUGACAGGACAAGUACAUGAAAGGAACUCCUGCAGGACUGAUGGGCGCCAUUCACAUGUGAAGAAAGACUUCCUCCUUCGUAGAGGUUGCUAGAUGACCAGGUCCAAAAAGCUAAGGAUACUCACAGCCCUCAACGAUCUCCUGUGGGUGGUAUUUACUGAGGCGAGGACUUCCUGGUUUUAGCUGUUUUCAGUCAUUUCAAGCUCUGGUACAGUGUUCUGCUCUUGCCUUUUCUGUUUGUUUGGUUUCUUGUUUGUUGGUGUUUUUUUUUUAGUCCCCUUCUUUUCUCCUCCUGUGGAGGAAAAGCACAAUCCUUCUCACAGUGGAGAUGGAUUCUGAACCUCAUAUGCUGACAAGACACCGUUUGGGUUCUGAUUUCAGUGUCUGCUGCCUAUGUGUGUGGAUAAACAGGCCCUUUUCCAACACAGCAGAUACCUUUAGUGGGCUGAACAAAAUUUAGGCUUCUGUUGCCACCAAGGACAGAACCAUAAAAUGCUUCGGACUGAGCAAAAUGGAUGGUUCUCAAAAGCUUACUUCAAUUUAGGAAUAAAGAUUAAGCACUUUUGAGAAAAUCGUGUCAUGACACCUCUGGGCAUGGCAAGUUCUUACUGUUUUCACAAGCAGAGGAUUUGGGCAUCCUUGUCAAAAUGGAUUAUUGAGGGUGCUCAUAGCAAAGAACUUUACUGUUUCCUAACAUCAUAUAGCAGUUCAUCACAUCUUCAGGCAGAAUAUAACUUUGCUGCACGCUGAUUUCAGCACAAGACUUCAGCUGGUAGAGAAGCUUUAAUUUUGUUGUUUAAUUUCAGUAUGGCUUUGCCCAGGAAACAGACUCUCUUUCUUCUGUUCUCACACUAUGGGCACAAUGUGACCACUCAAAUAAGAAACAAACGGGGAUUUUCUUCAACCCUGGACAAAGAUAUUACCCAUAAGAUGCUUAAUUUUCUGAGUCUUGUCUACGAAGAAUUGCAAAGGUAACGAGAUUUUUUUUUUGAGGACAAAGGAAGAAAAUUGGUUCUGAGACUGGGACUGUUUGUGUCUUCUCACUGAGAGCUGGAGUUUUUGCCAAGUGCUGAUGAAACUGGGAGAUGGGUCUAAGAGAUGUUCGUUUCAGCUGUUGCAUAUUGUAGAUGCAUCUGCUGUGCUUAGUCAUCUGUUAGAAAAAGACAGGUACUUUGUGAUUGUAUGGGAUGAUACAGGCUCCUAAAUUGAGAUGCCCUGCUGGAAUGCUCAAUCUCUUUGUAACGUGAGUUAAUUUUCACAACAGGAUGCAUGUCGCGUGUUAAAAAAACCCUGUGUAUUUGUGAGACUACAAUGAUAAUGCUGAAAUGUGUAUGAAAGGCUGGGGUUUGAAAAGCACUUGAGUGGCCUGAAGUUCAGUGGGCUGCUUAUGAGGGGGAUCUGGUCAGUAGCUGAGUCAUCUUGGUUCUCCAUUUGAUACCAAUAAAUAAAACAACACAUCA